AUGCCGGGCUCCGCCCGGAGCAGGAGGAGGGAGGAGGAGAGACAGAGAGAGACCGGGGGGGAGCCGAACAGGGCCCUGCCGCAGAGACAGCCCCGCCUCCGGGUCCGCCCCCAGACCCGCCCCCGGCCCCAAACCCACCCUUCCACACCCUCCAAGGACGGAGCGGGAGCGGCUGCGCCGCGCCGCGCCGCUAGGCUGUGGUGGGCGGCCCCGGGCCAGCGGAGCCCGCGGGGGCACUCGGAGAAAGGUCGCGGGGUGCGAGGGACCCGGCGCCAGCCCGCCCCCGCUUUGGGGCGUCUGCUCCUCGCCGUCCCUCGCCCCCUGCCCGACCGGCCCGUGCUGGCUUUGGUGUCCAAGGCCCCGGCGGAGCGAGGCGGGGCGCAGCGCGCAGCGACGCCCCCCACCGGCGGCCCGGGGAUGCACCCACGCGCCAGCGGCGGCAGCAACUGCACCAGCGGCGGCGGUGGCAGGCCUGGCCCCGGGCCAGCUGGCCGGGAGCCCCAGGAGCGAGAGAGGGCGGAGGAAGGGGAGGAAGAGGGGAAGGAGGAGGAGAGGAGCCCAGUCCGCACACCCUUGGGGCUUCACGGGCCGCGCCUGGGCCCCUACCGAGGAGGCGGGGGUUCCUUUUCUGGACGGCAAACUUUCCGCGGAGAUGCCUUGCGGGGCGAGGUGCAGCCCCCGAAGAGGACCGGACAGCCUCUGAGCGCCACCUGCGCCCCCCGCGCUCCUGGGGCCAGGGGGCCCCAGGGAAAGGACAGCUCAACGUCUUGGGCGGCCGGGACCCCCCCGGCCCCCGCCCCCGCCCCCGGCCCCGCUCGGUGGCCGCGGCCGAGAGCAACCAGGCACCCCCAGUUCCUGCAGGGCCCUCCUGCCAUGUCGGACCCAGACAUCCCCAGGGGCCCUGAUGUCCCCGCCAUGUGGCCCCCCUGUUCUAGGGGUGCCUGA